AUGGAUUACUUGCAGCUGCCAGAAAGCAUCACAGAAAAAUCUACACCUGGUGGGCAGAUUUUGGCAGAGAGUAAACAGAGAAGCUCCUCUGACAAUAUCAACUCUCCACAGACAAGUGACAACACCUGCAUACCCAAGGACUUCAGCUGCAUAUACAACAAAGAUCUACUCCCUGCUCUCAGUGGUGAGGACACAACCAAAAGUUUCUUCCAAGAGCUGGUGAACAUUCUCCUCAGCUAUGUCUGCAAGUCGUUCAGACGGAGCUCCAAAGUCCUGGACUUCCACCACCCUCACCAACUCAGAGAGGGCCUGGAGGGCUUCAGUCUGGAGCUCCCAGACCAGCCCGAGAACCUGGAACAACUCCUGGUCGACUGCAGGGACACCUUGAAGUAUGGAGUCAAAACAGGUCACCCACGCUUCUUCAAUCAGCUGUCAUCAGGGCUGGAUGUCAUCGGUCUGGCCGGGGAAUGGCUGACGUCUACCGCCAACACAAACAUGUUUACAUAUGAAGUGUCCCCAGUGUUCAUUCUGAUGGAGGAGAUUCUACUGAAGAAGAUGCAGGAGAUUGUGGGUUGGUCAGAGGAAGAGGGGGAUGGAGUUUUCUGUCCAGGUGGGACCAUGUCCAAUCUGUACAGUGUACUACUGGCCAGAUACCACUUCUUCCCUGAAGUGAAGACCAAAGGGAUGACUGCUCUGCCCAGGCUAAUCCUCUUCACAUCAGCACAUAGUCAUUAUUCAGUCAAGAAAUCUGCAGCAGUCCUUGGGAUAGGAAGUGAAAAUGUUGUGGUGGUGAAAUGUAAUGACUGGGGAAAAAUGAUCCCUGCAGAAUUGGAGUCAAGUAUCCUUACUGCCAAAGAUCAGGGUUGUGUCCCAUUCUACGUCAAUGCCACAGCAGGCACCACUGUGUACGGAGCCUUUGAUCCUCUCAAUGCCAUCGCAGACAUCUGUGAGAGCCAUGGACUCUGGCUGCAUGUUGAUGCAGCCUGGGGCGGAGGACUGUUGAUGUCCAAGCGGCACCGCGUGAAACUACAAGGGAUUGAACGAGCCUGGUCUGUGACUUGGAACCCUCAUAAAAUGAUGGGUGCUCCGCUGCAAUGCUCAGCCAUACUGGUGAAGAAAAGGGGCCUCUUGAAAGACUGCAAUCAGAUGUGUGCUGAAUACCUUUUCCAAACUGACAAGCACUACGACACCUCUUAUGACACCGGAGACAAGACCAUUCAGUGUGGCAGGCAUGUUGAUGUCUUCAAGCUCUGGCUCAUGUGGAAGGCCAAGGGUUCAGAAGGCUUCGAAUCACAGGUCAAUAAAUGUUUGGAAAAUGCUGAGCACUUGUUUGACAAACUCAAACAAAGACCAGACUUUGAACUCGUCUUCAAAAGCAAACCUGAACACAGCAACGUGUGCUUCUGGUACAUCCCACCAAGUCUGAGGAACAUGUCACCAGGUCCUGAGAGGAACAGGAGACUCCAUGAGGUGGCACCAAAGAUCAAAGCCAAGAUGAUGGAGCAGGGGAUGGCCAUGAUUGGCUAUCAGCCGCUCGGAGACAAAGUGAACUUCUUCCGAUGUGUCUUCUCCAACCCGGCCACACAGACAGAGGAUGUGGACUACCUGUUGGAGGAGAUCGCUUCUCUUGGUCAUGACAUCUGCAUAAGGGCUGAAACCGAUUUGUGAAUCAGAUUGUGGCUCAGAUGAACUGUAAAUCAUGCAUUUAGAGGGAAAUGGGUAAAAACAAUCAGAAAACUAAAUAUAUCUCUAAAUGUUUUGUUGUGUAAUUACAGUCCUUCUUAUGUAAAAAUAUAUACAAAUAUGAUUUUUGUAUUCCAGAGUAUCAGGGAAUUGUUAGAAUGUAGCCAGUUCAUUUCUACAUUCAUUUUAUUUGUGUACAACAAUAUUGUAGCCUAUAGAGUGCAUUCGGAAAGUAUUCAGACCCCUUGACUUUUUUCACAUUUUGUUACGUUACAGCCUUAUUCUAAAACUGAUUAAAUAAUUGUUUUCCACA